GACUGCCACUGCAUGGCCGUGAGUAGGAAGUGCACCGCACCAAGGCAAAGCAGGCUGCUUAUUCAGGGGAGCAGCGGCCACAGAGGUGGGAACCAAGACUAUGGACUAGACCAUUAUGUAGACACUAACAAGCUGUCCUCUUUCAUCAUGUUUCCGGGAGUUUUCUAUGCACUGCUGGCUGGUUUCUUGGCCGCCGUGGCGUCGUCGUCGGCUAAGCUGUCCCUGGGAACCGACUACCUGAAAGGAGUGUGCGAGACGGGGCUUCGGACGUGGGGCGAACAGCGGAAAUUUCGACAAGCUGACGAAACUACCGCCUGUGACCGGCUCCAUAUCCCGCUGAGGUUGCUGUGUGGUGGGCUGCUUUUCACCUGCAAUGCUGUGAUGUGGACCUUCCUUGCCAAAGCACUCAGGUACUCCUCUUCUUCCACCCGGACCACUGUGACCACCACUGCCUCCAACUUCGUAUCUUCCGCUUUCCUAGGCCAGCUGAUUUUCGGUGAGGCCCAGAUAACACUGUGGUGGGUCGGGAUCUCCCUGACCUUCUCUGGGCUGCUGGUACUGCAGAGGGUCUCUCCGCAGGAUCGACAACAGAACGUGAUCAAGGAUGAAUGAUAGCGUAUGUCUUGUUAGCCUAGACUAGCGAUUUCUCUGUUUAUUUUCAUAAACAGUCAUUCAGACUUUCCAUCACACCAAAGAAAAAAACAACAAUUCUUAAUGUUGUUCCGAGAUCCAUUAAUCUUAAAAAAAUACUCUUCCAAAAAAAAAAAAAAAAAAUUACAAAGAUGGAAAAAAAAGCUAAUUUAAGGAGAAAAAAUAUAUAUUGAUAUUGGGUCGAUAUCAGCAAAAAAAAAAAAAAAACUAAAAUCUCUGAUAUUACAGCAGUCGAUUUCAGACUCCGCCUCUAGACGAAUGGAGCACACAUAAAUCACAACAACAGUGUGUCCAAACAUGUUAAGCAAGGACUGGGGAGAGCGACGUCAUCGCAGCACAACUUUAAUACAGGGAUGACAGGAAGUCAUGAUAUGCUAUAACAUUUAAGAUGACCCCGCCCCCUGUCGUGUUUAAACGCUUCACUGAGCACCUUGAACCGCACUACAUUAUAAAUAAAACUAAUAAAAUAAAACCCACUUGCAUAAAGAAAUUAAUUAUUGCUGAUUAUUGUUUGAUUAAUUGACCAAGAAAAUAAUUGUUUAUUGCAGCUCUACUUUUAAGUACUUCAUUUAAGAAGCAGAUAGUAUUUUUCUCUUGUUAUAUAGAUAUUAAGGAGCACUGGAUAGUUCAUGUUAGCGUAGCAUAGUUUGAUUUUGUUGUUGUUUGUUGCCAUUAAGCACGGAAAGCUAACACUAAUCAAUUAACCCGAAAGGUUGUGGGAAAGUGCAACCUGUCAAUAUGAAAUAAUGAUAUUACAAUUUUUUUUAGACAUAUAUCUAAAUUGUGAUCUCCUUAAGUCACUUGAUUACAUUUAUUAGCAUUUAAUUAUUUUUUUUUUUUUUACAAAGAAAAUGUUUACUGUGUUGUGAUUUGAGUUGCAGGAUUAGCCAAACCGCACUAAAAACCGCAUUUUAUUUAUUAUUGAUUUAGGAAAAAAAAUGUUAUUUAUUGUUUAUUGACUUAAAAUACAUACACUAUUGAUCAGAAGUUUUAGAACACUACAGUUUUUCAAGUCAAAUUAUCUAUUAUUAUUAUUAUAAUUAUCUGUUAUUAUUAUCUGUUUCAGGGACCACAUAUUGGGGUCAAUAUGAAAUAAUGACAAAAAAUUUUUUUUAGACAUACGUAUAUCGACAUUGUGAUCUUCCUUAAGCCACUUGAUUACAUUUAUUAGCAUUUUUUUUUUUUUUACAAAGAAAAUGUUUACUGUGUUGUGAUUUGAGUUGCAGGAUUAGCCAAACCGCACUAAAAAACGCAAUUUAUUUAUUAUUGAUUUCUGAAAAAAAUGGUUAUUUAUUGUUAAUUGUCUUAAUACAUACACUAUUGGUCUGUUUCAGGGACCACAUAUUGGGGUCAAUAUGAAAUAAUGACAUUACAAUUUUUUUUUAGACAUAUAUCUACAUUGUGAUCUCCUUAAGUCACUUGAUUACAUUUAUUAGCAUAAUUUUUUUUGUUAUUUAUUGUUACUUGACUUAAAAUACAUACACUAUUGAUCAGAAGUUUUAGAACACUACAGUUUUUCAAGUCAAAUUAUACAAAAAAAGUCUGUUCCAGGGACCACAUAUGAAAAAAAUUUGGGGGGAAAUAAUUUUUUAGGCAUAUAUCGACAUUGUGAUCUCCUUAAGCCACUUGAUUACAUUUAUUAGCAUUUUUUUUUUUUUUUUACAAAGAAAAUGUUUACUGUGUUGUGAUUUGAGUUGCAGGAUUAGCCAAACCGCACUAAAAAACCUCAUUUUUCAAAUAAAAAAAAAAAAAAACACCACGUCGCCAACGUAACUUUAUUUCUCUCUCGUUUCAACAAAUACGAUAUAAAAGCAAAUCCUACAUCAAGUACUAAAAUAUAUUCAGGACAAAGUGAACUGAACAAAGGAGACAGCUGGUGUUAUUCCUGUAAAACUGCAUUGCAGACUGCAUACCCAUCAUGAAAAAAUACAAGGUAUUGCAUUUUUUUUUAAACAGUUACUUUGCCGCCUCCUUUAUUUAGAAAGCACUCAAAAUUGGCAACAUGCAAGUUCAAAUAAAAACGUUCUUUCUUUUUUUUUUUUUUUUAAAGUUACAAUGAUCAUCAUUUAAAAAAACGGCCUGUGUGAGAUUUUUUUUUCACUCAGUCAAAUCACACAGAAACAUCGUUUCAGUCGGAACUCUUCAACAAUUCAUGCUGUAAGGCUUCGGAUUCCAGCGUACGAACGAACACGUGUUCGCAUACUGACAUCGUUUUAGUGAUUUCAUGACACUAUCUGAGCCGUGUAAUAGGAUUUUAGGACCACAACGAGCUUUGCUGUUUGAAUGGUGGGAAUAAGGUCUGGGAUAAAGAUGUAUUUAUUUACACCAGGGGUGUCCAAACGUUCCUUUUCCUAAUAUUAUCACUUUAUUUUCACAUUAUUUCCAUAUUAUAACUUUUUCACCAGGCUGCACAGUGGACGAGUGGUUAGCGCGCAGACCUCACAGCUAGGAGACCCGAGUUCAAUUCCACUCUUGGUGGAGUUUGCAUGUUCUCCCCGUGCAUGCAUGUUUUUUUUCCGGGUACUCCGGUUUCCUCCCACAUUCCAAAAACAUGCUAGGUUAAUUAGCGACUCCAAAUUGUCCAAAUUGUUAUGAAUGUGAGUGUGAAUGGUUGUUUGUCUAUAUGUGCCCUGUGAUUGGCUGGCGACCAGUUCCAGGGUGUACCCCGCCUCUCGCCCGAAGACAGCUGGGAUAGGCUCCAGCAACCCCCGCGACCAUCGUGAGAAUAAGUAAAUCUCAGUAAAAAGGAUAGGUAAAUCUUGCCUACAGACACGCCCAUAUAAGGAAGCCGGCUCCUCUGUGACAUCACAAAGGAACAGUUUUACCACGCCUUUUGAAACAGAGCGUUUUUGAUCCAUCCCAAACUUUUUUCAGGGCUCACUUUCAAAUGCGUAACCCUCAUUAUCUGAAACUUUGUGAUCGUUUAAUUCGAGAAUACAACAUUCUAACGACAUUUAUGGGUCAGAAAAGUAGAAAAAGCAUAAUAGGUCCCCUUUUAAUAUUAACUUUAUUCUACUAAAAUGACUAUUCUUGUAUAAUUACAACCGUUUCUCAUUACAUUACAGCUUUUUUCUCUGAAUAUUUUUACUUUAUUAUGGUAAAUUUCUUGUUAAAUUAUAUUUUUUUAAUGCGCAAACAGGCUGCAAAUGGCCCCCAGGCUGCACUAUGGACACCCCUGAUUUAAAGUAGCCUUCUAAUUAAUAAAACGAUGGACAAACAAACAGCUGAUACUUGAAGGGCUCGGCUCUGUUCAGUGAUCAAUACAUUAAAACCGCAUGGGACUGUACAUUGUGGUAAUAUUCCGAAUAUUCUGAAUACUGAGUGAAUCAUGAUGAUCUCCGGUAGAAAUAACGCAUCACUCUUUUCAUAUCCAUCAAUAACAACUUUUUUUUUUCUCUCUCACAAUGGCACCAUCAUUGCAUCACAACCGGCGCUGUUAAUUCUCCCAAAAUACAGCAUUUUUUUUUUUUUUAAUCUGAAGUUAUUAUAUUUCCUCAAAUGGUUGCUUCUAAAUACACUAAGUGCACUUAAGUGGUUUUGCCCCCAUUCCAUUCUACUUCCGCUUCUCUCCGAGGUCGGGUCGGAUAACUACUUUAUGUUGGCUGAUAUUCUUACAUAAAGCAAAUAUGGUAUCUGAAUUGUAUUAUUUCACAUAAUAUGCACUUGAUCCCGAAGUCCAAUAAUGUAAAAGUUUUUUUUGAUGCCGCAGGAAGACACGAAUAAUAGAAGAUGUGCACAAACAGUAUAAAUUUAGUUGGAGUUUGGUCAGUUUGCAAAGCUUUUGUGACACCCUACCUUGCUCAUGGGAUGCAGCAGCAACAGGCAUGAAUGAAGCACAUUGAAAAAAUGUGCCAACUGGAUUUUUUUUGACGGUAUUUGAAAUAUCCACGACUGGUAACAGAGGGACUGUUCUGACUGAUGCCGCUACGAACGUCACACGAUGUACUGGUAUACGUCUGCCUUGCCGUGAUCAGGUGUUGCAAAGGGGUUCAGCCACGCCACGGAGAACGGGUGACCGAAUACCACCUUCAUGUUCAUCCAUUUGGACUUUUUGAUCCAUCGUCUUUCCUCCUUUUUCAGCUGCUCGAUGCCCUUUUAGGUCAGAGGAUGACAGAGUUAGAUUAUCAGAGUGCACAGGGAAACCAUGUUUAAGGCAGUACAUGGUAUACAUAUACAAAUAUAAUAUUUUACAGCAUCCAAAACCUGUUUGCAACCUUGUAAAUAUAGUUAUGGUAAUGGUUUUAUUUCAUUUGAACAUGCAUCAGAUUACAAUUGAAUGCAUCACAUAAUCAGUUCACAGUUCCACAUGUCCAAAAGGAGUAGGAAGAAGCAAAGCUUAUUAAAUCCUACCCCUCCAUCUGGUACUUUUACAAUCAGUAACUGUUACAUUUGUUCACUUCCUGCUUUCAUAAUAUUUCAAUUUUCUUAUUUUAAUUUUUUGGUUUUAAUUUUUAUCCUAACAUAUUUUAAUUUUAAUUUUAAUUUUAAUUCCUCUCUUCUAGAGAAGUAUUGGAUGACAUUUUUAGGUAAUUUGUUAAAAUUUGUUAAAGGCAAAUAAAGUAAAGAAACAAAAAAAUGCUUUUAUUCUUUAAUUUUUUUUCAUAUAAUGCCAUUGUUUUUGGUUUCUUUUUCAGUUGCUGCCAUGAAUUGGACUUGUGAGCAUGGCGCUAAUUUUAAUUUUAAUUGGGCUAAAUUUUAAUUUAAGUUUCUAAUUUUAAUUUAAGUUUCUAAUUUUAAUUUUAAAAGGGCUAAAUUUUAAUUUAAGUUUCUCAUUUUAAUUUACGUUUGUAAUUUUAAUUUAAGUUAUUAAUUUUAAUUUUAUCAUUUCGGCUAGGAGACCCGAGUU